AAGAGGAGGAGCGGCAGCCCGGACGCCGAGUGGCUGCUCACCGGAGAGCGAGGACCACGCCAAUGCACUGCACGCCGAAGCCCUCGGUGACGUCUGCAGGGGGUGGCGGGCGAGCGAGCCACCUGCGAGGUGAACGUCGGCAGACCCGCGUGAAUGCCAGAGCAUCUUUUGGAGGCGAGGUAGGCCAGCCAGCUUUUGCUGCCAAUACAUCGGCGCCUUUAGCACGCUAAGGAGGACGUUCGCGGCGCUCGUCGGUAACUGCCAUCCAAGAUGUCGGCUACGUGUGUCUUCCCCAUGUGUGUGCGAGCGAGCCGUGGCCUCUUCAGUUUUCGGAAUGCCGCGGCGGACGUCGCACGCACACUGUCCACGGACAAACAGCCGGCCGGGCAUGGCGGUGCGACAAGUCUGGCCCAGGCGAUUCUCCAAGAGCGGCUCCGACAGCAGAGUCAGGGCCAGCCUCCUACCGCAGAGGGCGCCGAAGCCGCGGCCGGCGAGCGGGCGGCCGGUGAAGAGAAGCAGAAGCAGAAGGAGAACACCGCCUAUGCCAAGAAGAUGGCCCUGAGGUUGGCGGGACUGAUGGGCCUGGGCGGCGCCGUCACCGUCGUCUACGUUUUUGGGUCCAAUUCGGUGGACGAACAAGGAAAACGGAUUCCCGAUGAGUUUGACCGAGAGCCUCUGGUGGUCCAGCAGCUCAAGAGAACCGUCAAGUACUUUCAGGACUACAGACAGAUGAUCAUCGAGCCCACCAGCCCCAAAUUGCUGCCGGACCCGGUGAAGGAGCCGUACUACCAACCCCCGUACACGCUGGUCCUGGAGCUCACCGACGUGCUGCUGCACCCGGAGUGGUCGCUGGCCACCGGGUGGCGCUUCAAGAAACGUCCAGGCAUCGACUACCUGUUCCAGCAGCUGGCGCCGCUCUACGAGAUCAUCAUCUUCACCGCAGAGACGGGCAUGACGGCGUACCCUUUGAUCGACGGCAUCGACCCGCAGGGUUUCGUCCUGUAUCGCCUCUUUCGAGACGCCACGCGCUACAUGGAAGGACAUCACGUCAAGGACGUGUCGUGCUUGAAUCGCGACGGCAGCAAGGUGAUCGUGGUGGACUGCAAGCGCGAAGCCUUCAGCCUGCAGCCCUUCAACGGGGUGGCGCUCAAGAAAUGGGACGGCAACUCGGACGACCGCACGCUCUACGACCUGGCCAACUUCCUCAAGACCAUCGCUCUGAGCGGCGUGGAGGACGUGCGCUCGGUGCUGGAGAACUACGCCGCCGAGGACGACCCCAUCGACGCUUUCAAGCGCAGACAGGCGCAGCUGGCGCAGGAGGAGGAGCAGCGUGUCGGCGAAUGGUCGCAGCAGAAGAAAGCGGGCGUGUCUCUGGGCUCCAUCGCUUCGCGCUUUUGGCGUUCCAAGCAGCAGUGAGCGCUCGCUCGCCAGCGCGUGAGCGGACACCGGCGGCCUCCAAUCAGACGCUUUUUGUGGAGCCACCGCAGCUUUUGCUGGCCGGCCCCGCCCCUUCCACGGAACCAAGCGUCCGAUCGGAUCGGAUUGGAUCGGUGGGGCUCCCAACUUGGCCCCUCCUUCAGAGCUCUGCCAAAUCAUCAAGAAAGACAAACUAUCCAUCUACACAAAGAUGGUGGCUGACACCGGGGCGGAGGGAGGCGCUUGCUGUCUGUCGUCACUAUUUUUUUUUUAUUCUUAUUAUUUAUGAACUUUUCCCUGUACACCGACUUGACGCAUCAUCUUCGUGCGUCCGCUUAGUUUCUGUCACUUAUUUGUACUUCGUACAUGACAUCCAUUUAAAAGACAGUGAGUCACAAAC